AUGUCAACCAUCCCGGCCUCGGCCCUCCAAUCGGGGUCUCCGCCCACGAUCCCGCUGCCGUUCAAUGCCAAACAGCCUGAGAAGGUUACGCUAUACCCGCUAUCCAACUAUACAUUCGGUGUGAAAGAAACACAGCCUGAAGAAGAUCCGUCCGUAAUUGCCCGCCUGAAGCGCCUAGAAGAACAUUUCAGCGAACAUGGCAUGCGCCGAACAUGCGAAGGCAUCCUGGUGUGUCAUGAACAUAACCACCCGCACAUCCUGAUGCUGCAGAUCGCAAACGCGUUCUUCAAGCUCCCUGGAGACUAUCUGAAGCCAGAGGACGACGAGGUCGAGGGGUUCAAAGCUCGAUUGGAUGAGAGACUUGCGCCAGUAGGCCGACUAGGCGAGGGAGAAGAGGCUGGGGACUGGGAGGUUGGCGAGUGCCUGGCGCAGUGGUGGAGGCCAAACUUCGAGACCUUCAUGUAUCCAUUUGUCCCUGCGCACGUCACACGGCCCAAGGAGUGCAAAAAAUUCUACUUCAUUCAGCUACCGAAGAGCAAGGUUCUAAGCGUGCCAAAGAAUAUGAAGCUUUUAGCCGUCCCUUUAUUCGAGCUUUACGAUAACACUGCUAGAUAUGGACCGCAGCUGUCUGCCAUUCCUCAUAUCCUUAGUCGCUACAACUUUGAGUUUGUUGAUGAAAAUGGCGACGUGGUUGCUGCAACCCCUGGUUCAGGCGCCCCCGAUGGAUAUGUGCCCAAAGCCAAGGUUCUGGCCGGAGACGACACGGAUAUGGUUGAGGAAAAUGGGACACAUUGA